GACACCACUGUUGAAGGGACAGCAUGCAGUACACCUUCUAUUGUUCUUCCAGAGAAUGCUGUAACACCAGACAUGGAAAUUGAUAAAAAUCUAGUUAACAGGCCUCGUAGUCCUCACAGGAGACAUUCUAACCGUGCCACUAGGAAUCCAACAAGUUCAUUGACUUCUGUUGACAACAGCGGUCAUGUGAUUGACCUGGUAAAUGAUCAGUUACCAGAUGUAAAAAUAUCAGAAGACGACAAAAAGAAGAACCUUGAAUUACUAGAAGAAGCAAAGAAAGUGAGCGAGAGGUUUUUCAUGCGCAGAGGCAGAAAGUCAAGAAGCAGCCUUCCUGAGUCACCCACAGCAGUCUCCCCUACUCUUAGUCCUAAAGUUUCACCAGUAGCAUAUCGGAGCAGCUCUCUCACUCUUCCAGUUUCAUCAGGGUCUGAUGCAUGCACAACCACUAGUGUCGAGUCAGUAUGUCCAGGGCAGAAUAACAGACAUGUGAAAGAAGAUGACAGGCAAACUGCAGAGAAUGCUGCAAAAGGACUAAUUGAUCGAAGGCAGAAUGAUCAAAGAAAGAUUUCUCAGGGAAGGUUGGUUCCUCGUUCUGCUGGUUUUGAAAACUCCAAAGAGAAGCUCUCAGAACAAAAAGAAAACUUCGAUCCAUGUAAACACAUGGAUACUUUACCUAAAUGCUCCCCUUCAGGUGGUGAUGGUGGCAGAAUGUCUCUUAAUACUUGCAUGAAUGUUUGUGAAAAUGAACUUGGAAAAUCAUUCCUCAAGAAACCAAAAGAAAAUGAUGUUCCUUUAAGAAUCCAUCUACCAGGAUCAGGAAAUAUAGACUCAAAGCUAAAAAAUCCUGUUCAAGAAAUGAGGGACCAUAAAGUUUCAUUUAAACCAGAAUUUAAACUGUGUGGACUGCGUCCCCCUCUACUACGGGCUGUAUCAUGGGAUAGCUUGGAGCCUGGACAGAAAGAUAAAACACCCCUAAAAUUACCAUCUGAGGAAGAUAAAAGCUUUGUUGUUGGUAACAAAUCCAGCAAUCAGUUAAAAGCAUUCAAAGACCUUCAAAUCCAAGUUCAACCAGUUCGAAUGCAGAAAUUGACAAAGCUCAGAGAGGAGCAUAUUUUGAUGAGAAAUCAAAAUUUAGUUGGACUUAAACUUCCUGAGCUUAGUGAAGCUGCUGAACAGGAAAAAGGCCCUUCACCUCUCCCUUCCCCCACUGAAGAGGAAGAGACAAAGAAUAGCUCUGAUGUCAUGCCCAGCAUUCCUGAUGUAUUGCUGCGAAAACUACGAGUGCACAAAUCACUUCCAGGAAGCUCUCCUCCACUUACUGAAAAAGAAGUCGAGAAUGUAUUUGUACAACUUUCCUUGGCCUUUAGAAAUGAUAGUUAUACCUUGGAAUCUAGAAUUAACCAAGCAGAGAGAGAGAGAAAUCUUACUGAAGAGAAUGCUGAGAAGGAACUGGAAAGCUUUAAAGCAGCCAUUACGUCUUCAGCUCACUUAUGGCAUCAUUAUGAACACAGAGAAGCUUACCAGAAGCUAUUGGAGGAUAUUGCUGUUCUGCGGCGUUUAGCUGCUAGAUUAUCUAGUCGUGCUGAGAUGGUUGGAGCUGUUCGCCAGGAGAAGCGUAUGUCAAAGGCAACUGAAGUAAUGAUGCAGUAUGUGGAAAAUCUGAAAAGAACAUAUGAAAAGGAUCAUGCUGAACUAAUGGAGUUCAAGAAACUUGCCAAUCAGAAUUCUAGCAGAAGCUAUGGGGCAUCUGAAGAUGGAGUACCUCGUUCAUCUAGAUCCAUGUCUCUUACGGUUGGAAAGAAUAUGCCUCGGAGGAGAGUCAGUGUUGCUGUUGUUCCUAAAUUUAACUCCUUAAACGUUCCUGGUCAGUCACCAACAGCUUCACCUUUACCUUCAGUGCCAUCCCAGUCUGAGUCACCUAGUAAUGGAAGAAGCAAUCUAACAUCUACUCCUGUUCUCCCAGCACUUUUAGAAAAUGGAAAGAGUCAUGGAGAGCCUGACUGUGAAACCUCUGCUUCUGUGCUGACACAGAGUGGGUUGGAAGAGAUCAAUCCUGAAACUAAAGCCAAGAUAGAAGAGGAAGCAUAUAACAAAGGUUAUCAGGAAGGCUUGAAGAAAACCAAAGAACUUCAGGAACUGAAGGAAGAAGAUGAAGAGACACCAAAAGAAAGUCCUGAUGAACAUGAAGAAAGUGAAAAUGAACAUGAAAUAAAAACCCUGAAAAGCAGCAGACUUGAAGUUAUCAUUAAUUAUUUACAUAUACUGUACCCCAAACUGUGUAAACACUGGAAUGUGGUAUGGCUGAUAGUGGCUGCAAUAAUAAUUUUCGCUGUGGUGUUGGGAAUCUACCAUUCAUACAACUCCUGUGAUGAAAAAUCAGAGGGACCUGAAGGGAAGGCUAGCUGUUCUGCUGCCCAUCAGUAUUCCUGGUGGAACUCAGGAUUUCAACAAGAGCAACGCACUGAAUAA